AUGGCGGGGUUCCCUCUAGGCGGCGGUGGCGGAGGAAGCGGCCGCGACAGCCCGCCGUCGCCGCCCGGCGUGCACCCCUCCGACGCCUCCACCUUCCUCUACGCCACCCGCGCCGGCGGCUUCCAGCUAUGGGGCCAGCCGCAGGACCAGCACCAGCAGCAGCUCACCCACCCCUUCUACGCCUCCAACCUCAUCCGCUUCGCCCCCGAUGACCUCCCCUCCGCGGCCGCCGCGCACUCGCUCGCGGGCGGCGCCUCCUCCUCCUCCUCCCGCGGCGCGCGCGCCGCCGCCGCUGCCGGCCUCAUCGCCGGCGGCGCAAGCUGCCAGGACUGCGGCAACCAGGCCAAGAAAGACUGCACGCACCAGCGCUGCCGCACCUGCUGCAAGUCCCGGGGCUUCGCCUGCGCGACGCAUGUUAAGUCCACCUGGGUGCCCGCCUCCAAGCGCCGCGAGCGCCAGCAGCAGCUCUCCGCGCUCGCCUCCGCCGUCGCCACCGCCGGCGGUGCUGGCCCUUCGCGCGAUCUCACCAAGCGACCUCGCGCGCGCAUCGCCAACACCUCCACCUCCUCCGGGGAUCAGCAGAUGGUGACGGUGGCGGAGAGGUUCCCGCGGGAGGUGAGCUCGGAGGCGGUGUUCCGGUGCGUGCGCCUGGGCCCCAUGGACCAGGCCGAGGCGGAGCUCGCGUACCAGACCACCGUCAGCAUCGGCGGCCACGUCUUCAAGGGCAUCCUCCAUGACGUCGGCCCCAGCAACGCCCAGCUUCAAGCAGCCGCCGCCGCAGCUGCGGGAGGAGGCAGCAGCGGUGGCGGCGACUACCAGUUCAGGCUCACUGGCGACGCGUCGCCCCAGAGCACGGGCGGCGAUGCAGGCGGCGGCAGCGGCGGAGGCAACAACGUCGUCGUGUCAUCGGCUGUGGUCAUGGACCCGUACCCGACGCCCGGGAUGUACGGAUCCUUCGUCCCCGCCACCACGCCCUUCUUCCACGGACACCCCUACACCAGACAGUGA